GACGUCACGAGACCACGGGACCGGAUGUAGGAAGUGAGUGUGGUCUCUGUGCUGAAGAGGCUCAGUACAUCAUCAUCAUCCCAGCAAUUUGUGACAUCUCCAGCACCCGCUGUGAGGCGCUACGGCCUGGUGACGUCACACGGCGUUCAGCGGGCCCGGGAUCCCGCCUGUGUGCUGCCGCAGGCUGGGGACCGGCUGGACCGCUCUGUACUGGCCUGACAUGGAGCACUGACAGCCUGCUGCUACACCGACAUGGGAGAGCAGUGAGCUUCUUCCCCGUACAGAAAAUGCAGGAAGGUUCAGAAGAUCACAACCACCGGAGGGCGUUGUGAGUCCCCUCCUAUUACAACGUAGUGCUGCAUCAAUGUGGAGAUGGCGCAAAGCAGUCAACAGCUUGACAUCCAGGUAUUAAAUGAUCUUCAGCAACGCUUCCCUGAGAUUCCACUGGAAGUGGUAUCUCAGUGCAUGAUGCAGAAUAACGGCAACAUUGAUGCCUGCUGCCGAGCCCUGACACAAGAGAGCUGUAAAUACCUUUAUAUGGAAGGGCACAAUCCAGAAGACACUAGAACAAACAAUCUUUUGCACAUCAAUCUUGGCAUUCACCCAGGCACCAAUUUCCAUGGUGAAGUAACACAAAUGAAUGGUCGUCCACUGGUUCAUAGCUCAAGUGAUGGGCAUAUUGAUCCUCAGCGUGCUUCUGGCAAGCUUAUAUGUUUGGUUCAAGAGCCUCAUUCUGCCCCAGCAAUUGUGCCACAAAAUUACAAUCAAUUUUUCUUGAAUGAACGAAACUCGCCAACUCCUCCCCCGCAGCAAAGUGUCAAUUCGUCAGCUAUGCAAGCUUCCCUGCCAAAUUAUAUGCACAUACCUCGCUACAGUACAAGUCCUAUAACUGUAACAGUAUCACAGAAUAUACCCUCUGCUCACAAUGUGCCCAGAGCUUUACAGAUUCUUCCUCAAGUGCAGAGCAAUCCUUAUGGGUCUCCAAGUUCUAUUUACAUUAGACAGUCUUCCCAAAAUUCUCCAGGAAGACAAACCCCACAAAACACACCAUGGCCCCAGUCCUCUCCAGUUCCUCACCCAAACUACAGUCCUUGCCCUCAUCCAGCAUUUCCUCAGAGUUACCAAUCUACACAGUAUUCACCUAAACAGCCUCAAAUUCCACAGUCUGCUUUUCGUUCCCCUCCUACGUCACAAUGUACGUCUCCUUAUAGCUCCCCACAGCAUCAAGUGCAGCCUAAUGCGCUAAGUCACCAGACUUCACAUGUGUUCAUGCCCCCUAGUCCCUCAACAGUUUCUCCUCAUGCUUAUUCCCAAGCUCCACCUCCCUAUCCAAAGCAAAGUAGCCAUUCUGUAUCUUAUCUACCCUAUGGUUCUGGCAUGAACAAGGCUCCUGGGAUGAACAAAAUAGAAAUUACAGUUGAAUCACAACAAAGACCAGGAAAUGCAAUGAAUAGAAGUCCUUCACCAAUUAGUAAUCCACCCUCCCAGCGGAGUCCACAUUCUGCAUAUGCCUCAAGUGCACGACCAGGCUCACCUUCAAGGGCGAUACAAGGCCAGCCAAAGACUCCAUACGGUGUUAAUCCCUUAUAUAUAACCUAUUCGCAACCACCGACCACCUGUGGCUCUCCCACGCCUUCUCCUCGUGUACUGAUGUCUCCAUCGAACCCAACUGUUUUUAAAAUUACUGUUGCACGGGCUCCUACUGAAAAUCUUCUAAAUAUUGUGGACCAAGAGCAGCAUCCGGGUGCUCCAGAACCUAUACAGCCAAUUUCGCUGAUGCCAUCAUCAGGAGUUGAAAAGGGAAUUCACAAAUACCAUCGAAGUUCCAGUUCUGGAUCAGAUGACUACGCAUAUACCCAAGCCUUAUUGUUGCACCAGCGGGCAAGGAUGGAAAGACUUGCAAAAGAGCUGAAACUUGAAAAAGAAGGGCUCGAGUUGCUGAAGGCUGAAGUGAAUGGAAUGGAACACGAUCUGAUGCAAAGACGCCUCAGAAGAGUGAGCUGCACCACAGCAAUUCCAACUCCAGAGGAGAUGACGAGACUGAGGAGUCUGAAUAGGCAACUGCAAAUAAAUAUAGAUUGUACACUGAAAGAAGUUGAUCUGCAAUCCAGGGGUGUGGGAAAGAUGGAUUUGAGCAACUUCUAUGAUAACAUAGCUCCUGGUCCUGCUGUACCCCCCAACACUUGUAAAAAAGAAUCAUCUGAUUCUUCAGUUGAAAGAAAAGCAAGAAGAAUCAGUGUGACCUCAAAUAAAAAACCAGAGCCCCCUGAUAUCCCUAAUCCUGGUGCUGGGGAUAUUGCUCAUCGGCACAGACCCAACCAGAGACACGCAAGAGAUGAAGAUUUUGAAGGGUCUCCAUGGAAUUGCAAUAGCUGUACUUUUCUCAAUCACCCAGCACUAAACCGUUGCGAGCAGUGCGAGAUGCCUCGGUUCACCUGAAUCUGCUGCCAGCUGCUUCACUUUGCUUGAGGUUUUAUACAGAUACUAUCUAGCAUGCAAGGGAAAGUAGGGACCUUACUUCAGUGUAUCAGCAAGCUGAGCCCAACUCCAGUGCCGCAGUUGGAAAUGCUUUGUUCGCAAGCAAGACUCAUAAUUUGCAGGUCAGCCCUGUUUGUGAUCUACCAGAUCGCCUCUCUGCAUUUUGUGCGUAAAUAAUGGAGGUCUCAAAAUGCUGGUCAUUUGGUUUCUUCUCCAGAAGACGAGAUCUAGCAGAGGGGCAGACGGGAGUCACCAUUUUGCAGACCAAUCGUUUGGAUUAAUGAAGCGGAAGACAGAUGAGAUGAACAGAAAUGGUCUUUUUUUUUUGCUUCCCAGAAGUAUCCUACUGAAUGAAGACUUUGGUGGGGAGAUGGUGUUGUAGUAUAUGAUAUUUUAUGAAGCAUAUUCAGAGAGAAGUAAUUGCUGCUUUCUUCAGGGUAAUUAAGUCCAUAUGAAAUUAAAACGAUAUGCUGUUAUUUAAUGUUGCUGUGAGAAAUCAAGGUUUUAGCCUUACCUUUUUAGAGCACAUUAUCCAAUGUAUUAAUGCAGUCCCCUUCUGUUUGUGUUGUGUCAAGAAAGCUAUAUUGUCAGACUACUGGUUAUGUUCACACAUUUAAUAUAUAACAAGCUGAAGAUGGACAUUUUACUGCAUGUAUUCAGUCUGUAUUCCUGUUGAAGUGAUUCCCAAAAGUUCUUUGGCACAUUCAAUGUGACUAUUAUGUAUGAUUACUCCCUAAAGAGUCUGCAAUACCUAUGCCAAAACGCAUAUUUUACUUUAGCGCGUUCAUUGAAAUGUAUACACUAAUAUACUUACCACACAGGAGCGGAAAAGAAAACGGGCCACAUAUUCUUCUUUUACAAAGGGCAGCAUUAUUAUUUUUAAUUUGUUCACUUGUGAUAAUUCACGGAAAAGUGGACUUGUCCAGUCUUUUGUGUGUGUGUGUAUAUAUUUUUGUAUGUAUGUAUGUGCGCGUGUGUGUUUUAUACAUCCACAUAUACACAGGCAUGCACAUUUUCUGUGUAUUAUUUUUCUUCCUCUCUGUUUUUCCCUCUUGUCCGUAUCCCCCAGUCUUUUCCUCCCAACCUGCUGUUGAGCUUCCCAUUUUGUGAAAAUUGCUCGAUGUUUACAGCACAGAAGGUACUUUGUGCCCUCAAUGGACCCACUUGACUUCAAUUAAAAUGAAACGCCAGAGUCGAAAUAGCUGUGUUAUUUGCACAUUGUUAAUGAACCUGCUUAUAAAAGUGAAGGCAGAUUUAGAAAUGUUGUGCACUGCAUUUUUUAAAGUAAUAUUUUUAACUUUUUUUUUUUCUUUUUGUUAGAACAAAAUACAUAAAACUGAAAAGAAUAUAUGGUUUAAAAAUAUCAUGCUGGUACUUUAAUGCAUCUAAAUUCCUGUAUUGUAAAGGUGAUUGGUUUGCAUCCUGCAAGUGGCUGAAAUAAUAAAGCACCCAAUUGUUUUGUGAAUCACAA